AUGGCGAGCGCAACGUUCUCCGAUCUGCCGACUGAGCUGAUUGUCAAUGUUUUCGCUUUCAUCCGGCAAAAGAAAGAUCAAGGCAUCGUGUGUCUCGUCAGCCGCUCAUGGCGGGAGCUUAUGGCCCCUAUCUUGUGGGAAAAGCUUGAAUUCAACUUGGGUGAUCACCAAGGCUCUUCCCCUGGCCGCUCUUUGACGACGUUAUUAGAUCCUAACUCUGGGAUCCUCCCACAUGUACGGAAUCUAUGCUUUGCGGACUUUACGGAUGAGGAUGCGGAAAACCGUCUCGAGUCGUUGAUCUUGGCACUUCCACGCGAUAAACUCCGCAUUUUCCAGGCCUAUGGCGACAUGCAGCAUGAGGUUUUCUUGCAAUUGUUGCGAUCGCAGACCAAGCUCGAGAAAUUCUAUGCAGUAACUCCAUUUACCUGCCUUGGCUCGACGAGUGACUAUCAUUAUGCUUCCCGGGAAUACCGCGCGUGGGUUGCAUCGCUGACGCCUGAACUGAAGGAGAUUAGUCUUCUUCUAGAGCGCGAAGAGGAAGACGAGGAAGAAGAGGUCGAGAAGAACCACCGGAAUCUGCAGAGCUUUAUCGACCUCUACCCUAGUCUCGAAAGGCUGAACUUGUCAGCCGAUUGUGACCCUCCGAUCUCAUUACAAGAACUGCUCUCGCUAUCGCCGGAGAGUCGCCUAUUCUCCAAUCUGACAUCGAUCAAAAUGGAGGCAAUGAGCUUGGUACCGGAUGCUUUAUAUCAGUUCUCCCACAACUUCGACGUUACAAGUUUAGAGAAGUUGCAUCUCAAGGACUGCAGCUCGAUGUCGCUGUUCUUCGACAGUCUCUCAGAAUCGUACAUUGAGACACCCGGUAAAUUAAGGGAGUUGUGCAUCCGCCUAGAUAACGGUGUUGAAGACGAAGUGCAGGUCGAGACCACAACAUCCAUUGAAAACUUCCUCAAAGUCUGCUGCGCUAGACUUGAGAAUCUCGAACUACACCUCUCCAACGGCAAACUUGUCGACAAAAGUUGUCUUCUGCCUCACGCUGAAACGCUUCGUAACGUCAUUAUCGAAAAAUCCCAAUACGGAAUUCCGGAUUCUCAGUCGCACUACUACUCGGGAGACGAAGUAGGGGUAAUUUUGAGGGCGUGCACAAAGCUCAGAGGACUGGCCAUCAAUCUGCCACCUAUCGAUCUCGGACAUAUCACAGAGCUCGGGAACGAAUUUCAAUUCAAAGCAAGUGAGCGGGAUUGUGCCGCUUUCAAAGAUGUACUAACAUUUGAAGAGACGCCUUUGAUGGAGGAACGCAGCUUCCGUGCGUCGUGCGAGGCUGCCAUGAAACACUACGGCGAUCAGAUCUUCAGUCACAUGUCGCAGUAUGGUACAGUCCCGAGACUCCUCCUAGUCGAAUCCUUUGACACAGAUGAUUUUGAAGAAGGUAUGCCGAUGGAAGAUUGUUAUUUCUGGCCUUGGUAUAUCCACACGCGCGGAAAUGUUCGAGAUAAUUCGGGCAGCAAUCUAGUAGGUGCAGCGCGCGUUGAGAUGGAGAAGAUAUCGAGGAACUACCCUGGCGACUUCAUCCUCAGGCGCUUCUCUAGCUAA